AUGGAGUCGAUGUCGAUUACUGAUGACAGCCCGAUUAUCCUUACCGAGGAAGGGGAUUUCAGAGUGGCAGUUGAGUGCAAAUUGAGCCUGCCAGGGCGAUUGUUAAACCCGUCGGUUCAGAAGAUGGCGAAGAUGAUAAUGAAGAUGCCACGGGUUUGGGGAGUAUAUGAGAGAGUCCGAGGGAUAACCUUGUCUCAUGAUACCUUUCAGUUCAUCUUUCAGCUAGAGAGUGAUCAUGAGAGGGUCAUGAAGUCGGGUUUUUGGACAUUUGAUGAAUGGGGCAUGAUUCUGGAAAGUAAUAUUCCGGUUAACUAUCUGACUCUCAAAACGAUUGAAGCUGUAGCGGGAAGAAUUGGCUAUGUGAAGGAAAUCGCUUUCGACCCGGAGAAAUCCCAGUAUAAUGCUUUUGUCAGGGUUAAAGUUAUCUUUGUCGCGGCUAAUCCCCUGAUUAAUAAAAAGUCUGUCCAACUGCCGAAGGGUGGGCUUGCAGUGGUGAAUAUUGAAUAUGAAAGAGUCCGUAAAUCCUGCUUUCACUGCUUGCGCCUCACUCAUGAGAAGCAAAAGUGUUCAUUCCUUAUCCGCGGGAACAAAGGUACAAUUCCAAACCUGGAAGGGUCUGAACGGGGAUCUAGUAGAGAUCAUUGGUUUCCUAAAGAUCUGGCUGGUCUUGGUGUUACUGGUGGCCAGGAUGAGUUGUCACAACAGAGGAUGAUGGCUGCACCAGUUACCAGUAACCCGACCUCUAGUGCACUAAUGCUCAAUCCUAUGGAGAACAGACGUAGUGACACUGCGAGCUUCAAUGUAGGUCAAGCUGAUGUAAUACCAAAGAGCUUGAGAGAUGUUAAGAAGAAGGUUCAGAAAAGGACGACUUCCUGGAAAAGAACUCUAGUGAGAACGUUAUGGGAGUUAAAGAUUGGAUGGGAUAUGAUAGUGUCCACAUUAUUGAUCCGACACAUUAGAGAGGAGUUUUGGGAACAUAUAACUCGUAUUGGGAUCCUAAGAAAUGAUCCUUGGCUUAUUACUGGUGAUUUCAAUGAAAUCAUGGAUAACUCUGAGAAGAUGGGAGGUCCGAGGAGACCGGAGAGUACUUUCUACCCGUUCAGGAAUAUGGCGAGAGGCAGUCAGAUCAAAGAGAUUCCUAGCUGUGGUAAUAAGUUGUCGUGGGGUGGUAAAAGGGACAAUGUGUGGGUCCAGUGUAGGUUGGAUAGAAGUUUUGGGAAUAGUGGCUGGUUUGAUCUUUUCCCGAGAGUUAGGACAGAGUAUUUGGAGCUUAUUGGCUCAGACCAUAGACCUAUCAUCACAAGAUUUGUUGGAGAGGAAAAACUUUUGAGAUUAUCAAAGAACAGUGGACUAGGGAAGGUGAAAGCCAAGGCAAUUCCGUCUUACAUGAUUCAGCUUUUGCGCAGGGAUUUGGAGGAGGAAGCUACAAAGUUUUCCCCUAACUUUAGACGUUUGCGACAACUCAAAUGGGCAUUGUCGGUUGCUUUCAGAGAAGAGAAGAUAUACUGGAAAUCCAAAAGCCGUGAAUCUUGGCUUCAGGCAGGUGACAAGAACACCAAGUGUUUUCAUGGGUGUGUGAAUUUCAAGCGGCUUAAGAAUAGGUUCAUUUCUCUACUUGAUAAAAAUGGGUUUGAAUGUUUUGAGGAGGGUUCCAAAGGAAAUAUUGUUGCAGAGUACUUCACGGAUUUGUUUAAAUCCACUAAUCCUUGUAACUUUGAGGAGUUGUUGGAGGGAAUGGAGUCAAGAGUUUCAGAUAUGAUGAAUCAACAUGCUCCUGGUGCUGAUGGGUGGACAAGGGCGUUUUUUAGACGCUACUGGUCCAUAGUUGGCAAUGAUGUUAUUAAGGAGAUUCAAGGUUUCUUCGAUACUGGAGUCCUUCCUCAGGAUUGGAACCACACGCAGAUAUGCUUGAUUCAGAAGAAGGAUAAUGCUAACCAGAUGGUGGAUAUGAGACCAAUUAAGACUCAGGGUGCUUUGGUGUCAGGGAGAUUAAUUUCAGACAAUAUCCUUAUAGCUCAUGAGGUGGUGCAUGGCCUUCGGACUCAUGUUAAGUUCAACACUGAGUAUGUCGCUAUUAAGAAAGAAAUGUCCAAGGCAUACGACAGAGUUGAAUGGGAUUUCCUUGAGAAAAUCUUUCUCCGAAUGGGUUUCCAUAAGGCCCUUAUUCACGUGAUGGAAAGGAGGAAAACACAAGGGAGACUAACUGGUUUCAGUUUCAACGAAGUAUGUCCGAGUAUUCAGCAUUUACUAUUUGCUGAUGAUAGCUUGCUCAUCUGUAGAGCAACAAAGGAAGAGUGUGAGGAGGUUUUGAAUUGUUUACACCUGUAUGGUAAGGCAUCUGGCCAGAAGAUAAACUUUGAAAAAUCUGCGAUUACCUUUGGUAGCAAAACUCCGGAUACUGUAAAAGUUUUGAUCAAACAGACAUUAGGGAUCUCAGCGGAGGGUGGUACGGGGUCCUAUCUGGGUUUACCGGAGUGUUUCAGUGGUUCAAAGCAAGCCCUAUUAGCCUUUAUUGGCGAUAAGCUCAAAAAGAGAUUACAGGGAUGGCAUUCUAAAUCAUUGUCCCUAGGUGGUAAAGAGAUUCUGCUUAAGUCUAUUGCAAUGGCGUUACCGGUCUAUGCUAUGUCUUGCUUUAGACUUAGCAAGCAUCUUUGUCGGAAGAUCACAAGCUCCAUGUGCGAGUACUGGUGGAGUAAUUGCCAGGGAAAGACGAAGAUAGCUUGGGUUGCUUGGUCUAAGUUAUGUAAGCCAAAAAGUGAGGGUGGUUUGGGUUUUAAAGAUUUAGCUGAUUUUAACCAGGCCUUGCUUGCUAAGCAGGCAUGGCAAAUCAUGAAUAAUCCGGAGUCUUUUGUAUCUCGAUUCUACAAGAGUAGAUAUUUCAGGAAAUCGUCCAUUUUGGAGUGUGGUACGAGGUCGCGGCCUUCUUAUGCAUGGAGGAGUAUUAUACAUGGACGGAAUUUACUAAAGCAAGGACUAAUGAAGAUAAUUGGGAAUGGUAGGGAUACCUAUGUCUGGACAGAGAAGUGGUUGUUUGAGAAAACCCUAGAGCUCCCUAUCGUAGAUUCUGGCAAUGGACGUUGCGGAAACAAAGAUGGAUCGAUUCAUUUGGCCGUAUACUCCCUUGGUGCCUAUACUGUUAAGAGUGGAUAUUGGUUACUCAGAACCUUGCCUACAAUAUAUGAAACUCCUUCAGAGGAGCUGGUGAGGAUAAAUGCUUUGAAAGCACAGGUUUGGUCUUUGAAGACGGUGCCAAAAAUUAAAACAUUCCUGUGGAGAAUGUUGUCUGGGGCUCUUGCGGUAUCUGAGAGGCUUGCAUCAAGAGGAGUAAUGCUGGAUACGAGGUGUAUGGUGUGUGGCAGUACUGAGGAGACGAUAUGCCACAUGAUGAAUAUAUGUCCUGUAGCUCGACAAAUUUAUGCGCUGUCAAAUAUUCCAGUUCCUCCUGACGGUUUCUCUGAGCAUGAUGUGGUGAAGAAUUGGUCCUUUUUGGUGAGUUUGAUACAGGAUGGAGAAUACCCGGAGGAGAUACGCAGGGUGUUACCGUGGUUGUUAUGGGGUAUAUGGAAAUGGAGGAACAACUUUGUUUUUCAGGGCAAGCAAAUGGAUAUUCAAGAGAUGGUGACCAAAGCUUUUAUGGAAUCAUCCGAAUGGUUAGCUGCUCAAGAGAGUAUUGGGUUAUGCACCAAGGAUUGGGAGGGAAAGAAAGUAAGUAUUGAGGUAAGGUGGAGGCGGCCACUAUUAGGUGUUGUGAAAUGUAAUAUUGUUGCGUCCUGGCGAAAUACCUCAACAAUGGUUGGUGGGGCGUGGAUUGCGAGGGAUAGCCAGGGCCAAGUUCUAUAUCAUGCUAGAAGUGCGCUUCAGAUUGCUGAGACGAGAAUUUUAGCAAAUCUGCGAUGCAUUUUGUGGUCUUUGGAAGCUUUACAGAUUUUACAUGUGACAAGGGUGGAAGUCGCUUUGGAGAGUGCAACAGCGGUUUCUGCGAUUAAUAAACCGAGUGAGUGGCCGAGAUAUGCCGUCGUAUUGCGGGACAUUCACACGAUCUUAGCAACAUUCACAUAUUGGGAAUGUCAUCAUGUGGUUGGGUCAGCAAAUAAAGUGGCAAUAGCUAUUGCGAGGAGUGUCACAGGAGAUGGUAGAUGGCAGUCGUAUCUAUCACUUGGAGGCCCAUCUUGGUUCAAUGAUCAAGUGAGGGUAGAUAUGGUCUCGUAG